CAUUCAAAUAAGAGAGCAACUAGAUUAAAACUUUCCCACGAUAGUUGGCUCAGCAUCCCCAUGAUUGAACAUUUCAAGAAUUUCAUUCGCCAUGGCAAACAGGCUAAUAAAAACGGUGGUGCCUUCGAUGAAAAUAAGGCAGUAAACAAUCAAAAUUAUACAGAUGAAAAAGUCGACAAUUAUACAGCAGUAGCACGAAUAGUAGCCGAGGAACGAGAACAAAGAAACAAAUUGCCAAAUUACCCGGAAUUUUUAAAAGAAAAUUGGCGGUUAUUUAAUCAUUUGUCAAUACCUUAUGAUUGUGUGUUGACAAUUGCAAUAGCAUUUUGUUUUCUUAAGAGACGUUCGCUUUCAGGAUUACAACCCGGUGCGUUUAGCAACGUCUACAAGGCAAUUAACGUAGUAACGAAGGAGAAGGUUGCUAUUAAAGUUGUAAGAAAGCGUGAGCUAUACAGCACACAGGAGAGACAUCUUCAUCGUGAUGUGAAAGUAAAACCUCGUGCAACUGAGGGUGCUUUGAGGGUUGACGUUUGUAAAAUUGCAUUCUUCAUUAACUGCCGUUCCAACAUUCUCAAAGAAGUCAGAAUAAUGCGCCAGCUGAAGCAUAAUUCAAUCGUAGCCUUAAAAUCAUUUUCGGAAUCUGAGGAUUAUUAUUAUUUAGUUCUCGAAUUGAUGGAAGGUGGUGAAUUAUUCCAUCAAAUUGUGAGACUUACCUAUUUUUCGGAGGAAUUAACACGACAUGUUAUCGUUCAAGUGGCUGAAGGAAUAAGAUACUUGCAUGAAGAAGUAGGUGUUGUUCACAGAGACAUAAAACCUGAAAAUCUUCUUUUUGAACCAAUUCCUUUCUGUCCUUCAAAAGAACCAAAACCUUCCCUAUUUGAUGAACCAAAAGAAGACGAGGGGGAUUUUAUUCCGGGUGUAGGUGGUGGUGGUAUUGGCAGAGUUAAAAUCGCUGACUUUGGCCUGUCAAAAGUUGUGUGGGAUGAACAAACAAUGACACCUUGCGGAACGGUCGGAUAUACUGCUCCUGAAAUUGUCAAAGAUGAACGAUAUAGCAAAAGUGUUGAUAUGUGGGCACUCGGUUGUGUCUUAUACACUUUGCUUUGUGGUUUCCCUCCAUUUUAUGAUGAAAGUAUUCGUGAUUUGACAGAAAAAGUCGCUAAAGGACAGUAUACAUUUUUAAGCCCAUGGUGGGAUAAUAUUUCUGACUCCU